GCUUCCUUUUCCCAUCAAUGGGGUCACGAAAAAAGGAAAAGGAAAAUGAAAAUUCAAAGGGACCAUACCUUUUGUUUUUCUCCAUUCAUAGUGACAGAAGCCAGCCAAGGAAGCAACAGCUGUUCCCAAACCAUGGAAAAAGGCAGUCCAGCACACUAACUCUCAUACCAGAAACCUCCAAAUACCAUAAGUGCAGGUAGGGUUGCCUACCUUGCCCAUGAUUAUUUACUUGCCCCUGCUGAGUGGUGAAUUUCCUAUUCCUACCCUGUAAUUAACCACAACGAGAAAAAGGGGAAUGUGGGUUAAAGGACACCCAUCUCUAUAAAUAGAUAGUUAGACACUCAUCUGAAGCCCAGUAGAAAACUUGGCAAGGCAAUGAUAUACACAAAAAUGAUAAAGCCCCUGUCAGUAUUGCUUGCAGCCAUUCUAUUCAUCCAGGUUUUCCUGGAAGCCUCAUCAUUCAGUGAUGCUGCAAGUCCCCUUCUGCAGGUGCUGAUACAGCAGGAGGAUGUGGGAAGAAACUCUGCUGGCUUUCUCACAAGCCACCAGUCUAAGAUCAACUGUGAUUCUGAAUGCAAAAGAAGAUGCAGCAAGGCAUCAAGAUUUAAGGUUUGCUACCGUGCCUGUUCAAGCUGUUGUGCAGAUUGUGGCUGCGUGCCUCCAGGGACUUAUGGAAAUAAAAACGUUUGCCCCUGCUAUGCCAACCAAAAAACACAUGGAAAUAAGCCAAAGUGUCCUUGAUUAUGCCAUAAAAGCUUUCAGUUUGUGAACCUGAACCGGAUUAGAGGGAGAGAGAGAGAGAGAGAGAGAGAGGAUUGUGAGUGUCUGUGUGAAAGAAUACACGAAUGAAGGGGCUUUGACCGCAUCUGGCUGUCAAAACCUGCAAAUUUGUAAUAAAUGGGCGAUGCCGCUGUGUAAGUAUUGUUAUAAAAACACUGCUAGUAUUAUGAGAAUGGGGUCUGGAUUUGCU